CCUAAUUCCAUGCGAAUGGAUCUUUGGUUGCAUGUAGGGAAGGCGUGGAUCACGAAUCAUAUGCGCAGAUACGUACUAAGCAAUCACCCCCAUCACCCCCCACCCUGCUUUUCUGAAGUCUGCAGUCUACAAUAUUGGAUAUCGCACUUUCACUAGGCCAAUGCUGUAGUUUUGCCAUGAUCAUUAUCUCUUCUAGGUUUCUUCCGCAAAGGACCUUAUCGUAAACUUACUAUCUCGUAUUGCAAGCGAUCUCUUAAAUCACCGGGUUUCCCUAGUUUCCCUACGGCAAAUAUCCGCAGCUUCUUUCUUCAACGUUUUCGCUAAAAAAGCGAUGCCUAUUUGCAUCCGUCGCAUCCUAUUAGCAUAUCUAUAUGCUACGAAAACGAGGGCCUAGAGUCAAGCAUGUCGACUGGGACACACCCUCCACAAAUCCAACCUCACCUGACAUUCUUUCCGAGAUCGCCGGGGAGGUUCGAAAGUCCGAACAACGGCCGACCUACGCUGAACUAAGCCCUACUUCACCUCGAUACGGGCUCUUGCAAUAUGCCUUGUCUCCCGAGGAAAGAUCGUCUUAACUUACUGGGUGGUGUCAAACCUGUAAAUAAUCUUAAUGGAAGCAAGCAGAACUCCUCGCGCUCUGCGCAAUCAUCACCCAUACGUCGCCCUUCAGACUCGUCACCUGCGCCACCACCAAAACGGCAGAAAGUCGAAGAGUACAAUGCACACACCCAGGCCCACUUUGUCCUUGCAUUUGACCACGAUGGGAUUGCUGACCGGCCUAAUCCGCGCAAACGUUCCCUUGACAACCGCAGCGAGUCUCAACAUACCGUUAUAUCACAAUCGUCCACCAAAGGAGCGCCGUCGACCAGAGCGAAAGUCCCCGAAUUUCGAUCCACGGAAAGUUACGUGAGACCGUCGCCUAAGAACAGGCCUCGGCAUAACACUCCAAAGCAGUAUGCAGGACAACUAGAUAGAGAGGUUGUUGCCGGAACUCCUUUGCUAAAGUCCGAUAGUGAGGAUAGCGACGGAGAUGUGGAGAUUAUCGGGGCAGAGGUCAUGGUAACUCCUCAAACACAGCAAACUCAAGGAGUACGGUACUCUAUUGAAGACUUUGGAAAGCGCUUCAAGACAACAUCUGGCGCUCAGAAGAUGGAGGAAAUCAUUGACAGUACGAUGCUGAAGGAGGACGGGUCCAAUGACUUAGUUUCCAGCCCGGAUGAGCUAGCACCAGAAACGCAAGACAUGAGAGAAAAGAUGCCAACAAAGCGACCUACUUUAUCCCCGAGUUUGUCUAAAAAGGGUGACAUUCCACGAACGAAAUUCGCCCCGCCGUCUCGUACUAGACUGCAGGACCCGGGGAGAGGGCUUAGCGAAUCGGAUCAUAUUACGAAAAUCGUCAACUCGCCUCUUCGUGUCAUUCGGGCUGUAUCGGGCGGUCACAAAUACGAAGGGAACAAAACGGACGGCGCAAAUGAAUGUUUCUUAAAUUUACGAGAGAUGAGCUACAUACUCCAUCCGGUGAAUUCAGAAGGUCAACUGAUGAAAGAAUACGCAUAUCUUACGGUCGAUCUUCGAAAGGCUAAACGGAUUCAUGCUCCAUCACAACCCAAUUGCCUUGUGGCUUCGAUUCACCGUGCUAUCGACGGCGCAACAAGUGGUGGCCAAAGGUUAUGGAUCGAAUUCUCGUCUCCUAAGGACUUUGGAAAGUUCGUCAAUUGGGCGAGGGACACUGGGCCAGAUGGUCUGGUGAAUGAGUCUUUUCCUCGGGAUCGCCUUGAGAAGGAACUUGAAAACAUGAUGCGAACCGCUGCCAACCGCACUGUUAUUAGAGACGACAUGUCAAGGGGAGAUGAUGUGAAGUUGAUCGAGCACAACUUGGCAAAUGCAAAUCAGGCAAGGGCUGCCAACCUACCGUGUGUCCCAGUUCGACAGGGGAAGUCGAAGGACACGAUGAGGCCGCAUUCUGCAUCUCUGUUAAACUCCAAGACAACGGUCACAUCAGAUGGCCCUCAGCCCUACAGUAUUCGGCGACAGCCACAAAAAACUCGUUCUACAUUUGCAUUAGAAGGCCCUAGUUCGGAAUCCGAGUCCUCCGAGCCUGAAUGUUGGACAACCCAGCAUAUAGGCUGGGAGAAAGAUUGGCGCAAUUCUCUUGUGUUCCCCUUUCAUGGCAAGAGUAGAGCUACCGUUGACAAGGAAGAUAUUCCUCGAUUGGACGAGGGUCAGUUUCUAAACGACAAUAUAAUUAUUUUUUAUCUGCGUUAUCUCCAACAUACAUUGGAGGCAGAAAGACCGGAUCUUGCUCAACGGAUCUAUUUCCAGAACACAUAUUUUUAUGAGAAGCUCAAGUCUACGAGGACGGCUCAAGGUAUCAACUAUGAUAGUGUCAAAGCGUGGACAUCUAAAGUCGACCUCUUUACGAAAGAUUAUAUUAUCGUCCCAAUCAAUGAAUUCACUCAUUGGUACGUCGCAAUUAUCUACAACGCACCAAAACUCCUCCCUUCUCCAGGCAAGACGGAGAGUACCGCUAAGAACACGAUCAUUAUCGAAGAGGAUGUCGACGAUUCUAGAGAAGCCUCCCGUGAGGUUUCUAGCGCCUCUCCCGAUAAUGGGAAAUCAGCAGAUGAGCCUAGAAGCAUUGACGCAGUGAGAUCUGAAUUACAGAACGAUGUCACGAAUCACUUUAGCCCUCCGGAGCCAGAAAAUCAGAAGACGGAUGCACAGCUAACCAGUUGUAAACAAGAGGUCACGGAUGUGCGGCACGAUGAUAUAAAGGGGGAUGUGAAGCAUAUUGUGUCAUCGACUGACAACCUCCAGCGGAAGAAGACAACGAAAGUAUACAGCGCGGGCACCAGGAAACAUAGUCCAGAUCAGCCAAAAAUUAUCACGCUCGAUUCAUUAGGGUUGGCCCAUUCCCCAGCUUGUAGCUGUCUAAAACAGUAUUUGAUUGCAGAGCUCAAGGAUAAGAAAGGCAUUGAAAUACUGAAUCCUGGGGCUUUGGGUAUGACUGCUAAGGAGGUCCCCCAGCAAACAAAUCACUGCGACUGCGGACUAUAUCUGCUAGGAUACAUAAAAGAGUUUCUAAAAGAUCCCGACGGAUUUGUUCGUAACAUCCUCCUACAUAACCACAUCGCCUGGGAUCUAAAUCCAUCGGAGCUCCGAAACAACAUUAGAGACUUGAUUUUUGAUCUUCAGAAGAAGCAGCAACGUCGAGAAGAUAUUCAUAGAGAAGAAAAGCGCAACAAAGCAGGCUUGCUGAAGAGAAAGAUUAGGGGCCCAAUAGAUGAGCGGCCCCUCAAACAAUUAGCGAAGGAGCAGGAUAUCAACCGAGGUGCGUCUGAGCCCCAAAAGGAUGAGGGUAUCCCCAAGGAGAACAGUGUGGCCAAGCCUAAACCAAAAUCACCUACUCCCGAAGUCUCUCUAGAAACCAGACCUGCUUCUAAUUCGGAGAACCGGCCUAUUCCUGGUUCAUUUCCUCGGUCGCCGGCCGUGGCCAGCGCUAAUAUAAGCGCAUUUAACAUGAUCAACCCUGAACAAGCUAAGGUUCCGAAGUUCGUCUCGCCACUCCCUGAAUCCCCCCGUGGAUCUUCACCAGAAACUCUCGUAGUUCUUGAGGAUCCAGAAGCACACCAGGGACAAGGGCAGAGCGCCAAUCAUAUCCAUAGCGAUCUCAAGCGAGCCAACUUACCAGAAGAGCCAGUUAGAGAGAUCGAAAGGACCUACCAAAAUCAAGACAGACCAGCCGAUCAAUCCCAAGAUCAAGAGAUAAUAACGGUAAGCCGCUACUUCGCCGGUCGGCAACCCGGCGAUAAGAUGGUCUCGGCCAAAUUACGCGAGGAGCCGCUUCACUCGGAUGUUAUUGAUAUUUCGGACUGAAUUCUGCAGGCCAACACAGGGAGGUGCUGGAGGUCGGGAGAAUACAUAAAUGAGGGUGUUUAUCUCACUAAGGAGCAUCGGGUAACAUCAUAGUGACUUCAUACAUGUCUGCAUAAAAACGGCGUCGGGGCGGUUGUGUUUGAAAAGUUUAUCCCUGUAUACCCCUUGUGGAGAGCGACUCUGGCUUUGCUCCGCGAGUCCGGGGCGUUACGUAGGAUGGUCAAUGACUAAAAUACGUCUAACUGUACUUUUUAUCUUGGUGUGCGUAGAUCUGAUGUUAAGCGUUUCGAUUAUUGCCUUUUCGUGUACCGUUGUCGUUAGGCAUUGCCGCGUAGUCUCCCAGGGGCAGCGAUGGUCUCGAGAGUAGAGAGCUACGCAGUUAGAGCGAAGGAUAUUUGACCG